GAGCCGAAGAAAGCAAGAACGUAGUAUUCCCCCUUCGGAGAGAGGCCCCAGGAACAGUAGCUGAGAAAAGGGCAGGAGAGAUGUGUCUGGUGUUCCUGUGCGACCAGGACGAGCGGGUGGUGACGCGGCAGGCGGCGCCGGGGGCGUGCCCGUACUGCGGCGGGCCGGUGCAGGCGUUGGACGUGGAGAGCCAGUGGCGGCUCUGCUUCCUCCCGCUCUACUUCCGCACCAAGCGCAAGUACUACUGCUCCGUCUGCGCCCGCCGGCUGGUCACCCAGUACUAGCUUCCCUGAUCGGGUUCUCUCUUUUGUCUUGACAACCACGUUUUUUGGGUUUGAACUUUUUUCUUGUUAGCUGCUGCUGCUGAUGCUGAUGAUGAUGAUGAUGAUUGUGUAGAGAAUUUCUAGGGUUUUGAUUUCUUGAAAUUAGAGAUGAAAGUCUAUGGAUAUAAUCGGUGCGAUUCGUUAGGGGGAUGUCUUUUGGGGAAGAUGGAAUUGGAAAGAUGUGAACCCUAACGGGGAAAAGCAUGCCUGUAAACGAUGAAUUGAUCAGAUAGGCUAUUCCAUGA